AUGAGUUUUAGAGCAAGGUUGGUGUUGGAAUGUCAAUGGAAGGUAUCGAGCAAUCCUAUAGUUUAUGAUCUUAUGUCUAAAAUGGCAUUUCAACAUAAAAAAAUCAAUGAAAAGACAUGGCUUGAUUCAUAUUCAAGGAGAAGAAAUGGAAAAUUAGUUCCAUCAAUACAAGAGGCAUGGAAGAUAUUAUAUCACACGCUUUAUAAUUGCACAUAUGUAUAUUUGGCUCGAUGAGGAAAAACUAAAACAAUUCAACGCUUCAUUUCUAAAACGACUCAAUUGUUUUCUUAAUUCGGUGCUUAAGCAAUCUGUUCAGCACUGAAUGAGAUGGACAUCUUCGAAUGAUGAAGAUGAAAUAGAUGCCAUGGAUCAAGAUCAAGUAUUAAAUAGGUUUGAAGUAUAUGUGAUCUGUGAGAGGGUAGAGGAAGCCAGCUGUCCACGAAUUUGGUGGGAGGAUACAUAUGCCUAUUGUUACUAGAGUAGUUAAUAAUGACCAAGUUGCCCUUCCAUGUUGGCAGCAAAGAAGACAAAGACAAACAGAUGUAGAUGCUUCUUUUCAAUUAACAAUACUUGAGUUAUAUUUGCAAUAAUGUAGUGUUUUGAGAUUGUAUCGAAUUUAAAUGUUUUGCAAUUAAAUUUACCGUUUUAGUUAUUUUGUAAAUUUAUUGCUUUAGCAAUUUUGUAAAGUGAAAAUUGGGA